AUGCGCUCGAAAAUAUUUGAUGAUGCCGAACUCGAACGACUACGACGUGAGACUAUUCCGUCGUCGAAUGAAUCAGCUAUGGCUGGAGAUGCAGCUCCACAUUCGACAGACCAGCAUCCACACGUGGAAGCCGCCAUGGAUCUUCCAGUUGUGGUUGAUUCGAACGACGAUGAAAUAGUCUCCCACGAACUAGAGCAAAUGAGGAGUAUAUUGGAAGAGGCGAUUUUGAAAACGCGCAGCACCCCUCUCGAAAAUCGACCGCGACUUCCCCGCAUACCCUUAAGCAAGCGAAAUCGGGCUGUCGUGAGGGCUCUUAACCCAAUGCUGGUGACCUAUUUGGAAGCCAGCCGGGACCUUUGCGAGACGGACUCGAUUCUCUUUGGCGCCGCAGUGGCAGUUUGCCGUAUUAUUGGCGCCAAACUUCCCACGGUUGGACGCGCUACUACAAAAACUAACGCCAUCCCAGCCUGGAGGAAAAGAAUCGAGGACCGUAUCGCAAAGGCAAGGGCCCUUAUCGGCAGACUGACAAGCUUCAGGUCGGGUAAUAAUAGACCGAGGAUUAUGCGCACCGUUAGGAUGGCGUUUGCUGGGACAAAUAUCAGUUUGUCCCAGCCGGAUAUCACGCAGAAACUAACGGAGCGCAUAGACAACCUGAAGCAAAAGAUCGCUGCUUGGGGGAAGCGGAUUCGACGAUUUUCCGAGGGGUCAAGGCGGUUCAACCAGAAUCGUCUCUUCCAGAGUGAUCAGAAGAGGCUCUAUAAAUUAUUGGAGCGACCAAAGGUAUGUGGAGCGGGCCAAGGACCGGAUCAAGCUGACAUUAUCGCAUUCUGGCGUGGCCUGUGGUCAGAGCCCGUAAACCACAGUGAGGGCCCUUGGAUGGAAGUUGUGGCGAGCCAGGGUGUGAGUGUUACGCCUAUGGACCCCAUCACCAUAACGCCAGAAGACGUGGCUGAGGCGGUCCGUAGGGCCCCGAACUGGAAAAGUCCGGGGCUCGACGGGCUGCAUCAUUACUGGCUGAAGGGGUUCGUAGUGUGUCACGCUGUGCUCGCCCGACAGUUUCAAGAGGCUCUCGACCAGAAGUCACUCCCGAGCCUCUUCACUACUGGGAUCACUCACUUGGUUCCUAAAGAUUAG